AUGUCAUCGAACUUUUCGCACCAUUCUUAUGUUCGGAAUUCUUCUGCUACUUGUAUUUAUAACAAUUGCUGUAUUUAUAUAUAAUGACGGUGAUUUUGGGAAAACGCCAUCGCCGAUACUGAGUUCAAAACCUUCUCCUUAUGACAAUUCACCCCUCUGUAACUGCCAAAACACUGAGCCAGCAAACAAGUAUGUGUCAAAAGAUGAGCUCAAAGACCUCCAGAAACGCCGAGCAGAGGAGUACAGACAACACCAGAUCAGGAUGGGGAAGCAGAAUGACGUUCUACUUCUGGCCCCCGCCAACACCCCACUCCAGUAUCCAAUUAAAGGAUUCCGAGUGACUCCCUUGAAGAAAACACUCAUUCCUGGUCUAGCUCUCCAAACACAAAACAGAAAACUUUAUAAGUGUGUUUCCGAGGCAGUGGGUCAUGAAAGAAACGUUUAUAAAAUGAGCUCAAGGGAUAUGAAACCUCUCCAGGUGUCUUUGAGAGUUCAUAAAGGGGUGCUGUCAGUAAUGGAUGUUCAGGAGGGAGAACAUGUGGAAGGCCAGAAUGAGCAAACUCUGACCAUCUCAUCCAGCAGCCUCCAUCAGCUCAAUGACCUUCUGAGCAGAGUGACCUACACCAGCGCUGUCUACCACAUUAAGACCGAAGACCUCGGCCACUUCUCUUUUGAGAACUACAAGGUCACAUUCCCAAUUGAGAUCAGACGUUUGUCGGUUCCUGUACUGUUUGACCCAGGAAAAGAUAUAAACUCACAAGUGACUAUAUUAGUAAAGGCAUUUUUAAGAUAUAAAGAACUAAACGUCCUCAUCAGGAGCAUUCGUCAAUUCUACCCAAACAUAAAGAUCAUUAUUGCGGAUGACAGUCAUAGCCCAGAGCAGGUGGUUGGUGACAAUAUAGAACACUACAUCAUGCCCCCUGCACAGGGCUGGUUUGCUGGCAGAAAUCUGGCAGUGUCGCAGGUCACCACUAAGUACUUCCUGUGGGUGGAUGAUGAUUUUGUGUUCCUGAAUGAGACUCGUAUCGAGAAAUUUGUGAAGAUUAUGGAAGCUGUUCCUGAACUAGAUGUGGUUGGUGGCGAUGUAGAAGGAAAUAAGUUUUUAUUCAAACUUGAAUAUGAAGAAGGAAACCGUGAGGAAGGUGGUUGUAUCACGCGAGUCAUGGGUUCGCAUGCACCCCUGCCAGGCUUUGAUGGGUGCUACUUUGCAGACGGAGUCGUCAACUACUUCAUGGGUCGGACGGAUGCAGUGCGGAGGGUUGGUUUUGACCCAUUCCUCAAAAGAGUGGCUCACACUGAAUUCUUUGUUGAUGGACUUGGAGAUUUGUUAGUUGUCACCUGCAAAGGGCUCAGAAUUGGUCACCAGGAACGGCAUUCCACGGACAUUUAUGAUCAGUACAGAUAUCCACCACAAAGUGAUUCACAAAAGAAAAUGAGACACCAUUAUUUUAAAAACCAUUUAAAAUGCAUUAAGUACUAAGGAGCAUUUCAGGUGAAAUGUUGCCACUUAUAACACACUGUUAUAUGUUGGUUACCAGUUAUAUUUACAAGGCUCUUUUGGGAUUUUUGCCUUUGUAUCUCUGCAGUUUGAUUCAACGGAACAGCGUUGGGAAAUACCCCCUUUGCUCACAGAAUUGUUAUACUCUUUCUGUUCCCCAUGUUCGAAUUGAACUAGGUAAAAAGGCAUUUAACAAUGCAGCACCAUCUGACUGGAAUUCUCUCCAAGUGAAACAGAAAUGACAAAACUUGGUGUCUAUGGAACAUUUUAAAUCUAUCAUUCAGCAACUGGAAGAUGAAUCAGUGAUUAGUAAAUGUUUUUAGUGAUUUAAAUGCCUGUUCCCUGUUUGUAGUUUUGUUUUGAAUUAGGUUGUGUAUUUUUGAUUUACAUG